UCCCAUCUCUCCCCAUCACCGCGAAGAACACAAACGCAAGUAGGGUUAGGAAAGGGCGCGGCGGCGGCGGCGGCGGCGGCGGCGAGAGAGAGAAGAGAGGAGCGUGUCGGUGAUGACGGGCAAGGCGAAGCCGAAGAAACACACGGCGAAGGAGAUCGCCGCAAAGGUCGACGCGGCGACGACGAACCGGGGCGGCGGCAAGGCGGGGCAGGCGGACCGUCUGGGGCAGGACAAGGGCGGCCACGCGAAGCUGGCCUGCCCGCUCUGCCGCACCCCGGCGCCCGACAUCAAGUCCAUGCAGAUCCACCACGAGGCGCGCCACCCCAAGCUCCCCUUCGAGCCGGAGAAGCUCCUCAACCUCCACUCCUCCGCCCCCGCCGCCGGGGAGGCCACCUCCUCCUCCAAGCCCAAGCCUGGCGUCCGCGGCAGCCUCAAGAAGUAGCUUGCUUGCCUGGGGUAAUUCCCUGCAAUUCCAAUCCCAUCCACCAACCCGAUCUAUAAUCAAUCAAACUACCGCCUCGGGCCCUCCGGUGGCGGCUGCCGCGGCCGGCCUGCGGUGUACUACUAGUCUGCUGCUGCUUUUCGUUACUGCUGCUACAUGUGUCAUGUGAUAGACGUGUUAACUAUACUGUGGCUAUGGCUCCGCUGCUAUUUGUUUCAAUCUCGUCGCCGGCAACUUGGCGCCUUUAAUUAUGUGUUGCUUCACCGUGAUGCCGGUGACGGCUGCUAGUACUGUUAAUGUCGAUCGGGUCUCCUGGAUCAAUGGCACAAAUAUGUUGCUUGUUUAUCUUCUUUUACUGGCAAGUGAAGUUGGUCAAUUAAUACUGUUUUGGCAA